CCCGGAUGUACUGCCUUUCUCUCUAUAUAGCCCUCUGAAGGCGGGAAGUCUGUUUCAAACCGAGACCUUCUGGAAUUGUCUGGACGUUUUACGAGAAAUAAAUUCACGAAAUGGCAGGAGGAAAAGCUGGAAAGGACUCGGGCAAGGCGAAAGCUAAGGCGGUUUCGCGCUCACAAAGGGCAGGACUGCAGUUCCCUGUUGGACGUAUUCACAGACACCUGAAGUCCAGAACAACAAGUCACGGCCGUGUAGGAGCUACUGCAGCUGUUUACAGUGCUGCAAUCCUCGAGUACCUGACUGCUGAGGUCCUUGAGCUGGCAGGAAAUGCGUCCAAGGAUCUGAAGGUGAAGCGUAUCACACCACGCCAUUUGCAGCUCGCCAUCAGAGGUGAUGAGGAGCUGGACUCGCUUAUCAAAGCAACCAUUGCUGGUGGUGGUGUCAUUCCCCACAUUCACAAAUCUCUGAUCGGAAAGAAGGGGCAACAGAAGACUGUGUAACCUUCCCAGCGAAUCGUGUGUGUGGUGCGUCUCAGGAUUUGCUCUGGAAGAAUUCAGAAGUGUUUUUGUGUAGUUUGGUAGUUUCAUGACCUUGUGUUCAGCUUUGCAUUUACUCAUUUCUGGGGUAUUUUUAAACAAACAAACAAAAAACAAAACAUGGCUUCAGAGAAGCCAAUUUUUAUUUUUGACAAGUGUAGUGUGCUUUGUGAUUUUUAAUUGGUGAUUUGUGUUGAAUCUGAAAAGUUGGUGGGUUUUAUUCAAAUAAAACUUAGUGCACUGUA